CAACAACCGGUGGCAGUGGACAAACCCAGGCUUUCAUGGUGCAGCAGGAACACCGCCCUUUUCUCCACCUUCACAAAUCAAUCCCAACCGGAGCACCGCCCUGGUCUCCUCCUGUUCAUGGAUUCCUUCUAAGACGAAAGCUCCCUUGAUCGAGCGGGUGCAUCCGAAUUGCUGCAACAUUCGCCGUCGGUAGGCCGGGGGAACCGAAAGGGAGCUGCAGUGGAGAUGAGCUACGGGAGCAGCUCGGUCGCUUCAGGCGCUAAAACUACCGGAAGGUCGUACGAGUUUGGGAGGACGUAUGUUGUUAGACCCAAAGGGAUGCAUCUGGCUACCGUUGUGUGGCUUCAUGGUCUUGGUGAUAAUGGAGCAAGCUGGUCACAACUUCUGGAAACCCUCCCCCUUCCAAAUGUAACUAUAAUCUUAAACAUCUCUUAUGUUGUUUCUACUUAUAAUGGAUCCAUCAUUCUCAUAGUAUUUUUUCCCAUGCAGAUUAAGUGGAUAUGCCCAACUGCUCCUACCAGGCCUGUAGCUGUUUUUGGAGGAUUUCCUUCAUCUGCCUGGUUUGAUGUUGGUGAUUUGUCAGAAAGUGGCCCUGAUGAUGUUGAAGGAAUGGAUGCAUCAGCUGCACAUGUCGCAAAUUUGUUGUCGGCAGAACCUGCAGAUGUCAAACUUGGUGUUGGUGGCUUUAGUAUGGGUGCUGCCACUGCCUUGUACUCUGCAACUUGUUCAGCCCAUGGGAAAUAUGGAAAUGGCAAGUUGUACCCUGUGAAUUUACGUGCCGUUGUCGGUCUAAGUGGAUGGCUGCCAUGUGCUAGGAGCUUAAAGAACAAAUUAGAAGGUGAUACCGAUACUGCAACAAGGGCUUCAUCUUUGCCUAUUCUACUUUGCCAUGGAAAAGGAGAUGAUGUAGUGCCAUAUAAACAUGGAGAAAAAUCUGCUGAGGCUUUAAAAUCAUCUGGUUUUGAGAAUCUUCGUUUUGAAACAUACAAUGGACUCGGUCACUACACGGUCCCUGGAGAGAUAGACGAUGUUUGCAAGUUCCUUACUGCGACGCUGGGACUUGACGGUUCUCAAUCUUAGUCAAGGAACAAUCCUUUCGUCAUGUUCACCACUGGGAUUGAGAAGAAUAAAUUGUUUGGUGUGGUAGAUGAAUAGAUUUUCCAUUUCAUACAGUUGGUGUGGGAUUUAAGAUAAAUAUGGAUCACGCUUGAGCAAUGGCAUUUCAUAUAUUUGGUUUGGGCUUUGUUAUAAAUAUCGAUCACGCUUUUGAGCAAUGGUAUCUUGAUGGCAAUUGUAUUAGCCUGAAAUAUUUAUUUUUA